AUGGGUCCUACCACUGAAGCGAAGCUCUUCUACCAAGCUAUGAUCCUUCUUUGCCUGGGCUGCGGCCUUCCAGGCUUUUCAGCUUUCAAUCUCAUCGAUUUUGAGGCUCCUGUGAUUUUCCGUGGGGAGGAAGCUGACCAGUUUGGCUAUCGCGUCGUCCAGACAAAAUUCGAUGGGAAUUCCUGGCUGGUAGUGAGCGCUCCCCUCGCAGGCAAUCGGACAGGUUCCCUUUUCCAAUGCUCAUACGAUACACAGAGGUGUCAACCAAUUGUCUUCAACAAUACCAAGGUCAUUCCUAGAAUAUCUUUGGGUCUUUCAUUGGCUGCUGAUGAAGCAUCUGAAUCUAAAAUAAUGGCCUGUGGUCCCACUUGGGAACGAAGAUGUGGGCAACUUGAUUAUCUGAACGGCGUGUGUUAUAUUAUGAAUGGCAUCGAUGGAAAUGUGAAGGAGAUCCAGCCAGCUUUCCAAGAGUGCGUCUUUGGUGUGGAUGCUGUGAUUUUAUACGAUGAUUCUGGGAGCAUUAAAGACUCUGACCUCCACACCAUGAAGAACUUCUUCCUGAAACUGAUGGACUCGGUGGCUGGGGCAGAUGUGCAGUUUGCUGCGGUUCAGUACUCCUCUAUAAACACACUUGUUUUUGAUUUUGCGACCUAUAACAACACUAGAGAGAAGAUUAAAGAUCUUAUCCACAAUUUAGGACGUUUCAAAGGACAAACCUUCACUCCAUCUGCUAUUGUCUAUGUGGUAGAAGAGGUCUUCACAGCAAAUCGUGGCAUGCGUCCUCACAGCAAGAAACUGCUCAUUGUUCUGACGGAUGGCAUCUCCAAUGACAGAAGCACCACAUUUAAAGAGGCAACAGAAGCUGCCAACAAAAAAGGGAUAAUCCGCUAUGCCAUUGGGGUUGGUCAGAAUUUCUUGACAGCUCAGGAUGAGCUCCGCAGAAUUGCUUCAUCAAAUGAAAAUGUUUUCCCCGUGGAAAGUUUUGGCGCCCUUGAACAGCUUCAGAAACAGCUGAAGGACAAGAUCUUUAAUAUUGAAGGAGUCUCUAAACCAUCACCUGAUGCUUCAGCCAGCAGUUUUUUUGAGAAAGAAUUUUCCCAAGGUGGAUUCAGUUCCCUUCUUACACCAGAACAUGCGGUGACUGGAGUCGUCGGUGCUUAUAGCUGGACUGGAGGCUUAGAAGAAUCAUCCUUUGAGGAACCUCCCCGGACCCAAUUCCUCAACAGCAGCACCAGUGAGUCCUAUAUAGGUUACUCUGUGGCUUUAGCUCGCUUUCACCAAAGGACUUUCUACAUCACUGGAGCUCCUCGGUUCCAGCACGUUGGCCAAGUCCUGGUCUUUGAAAGCAAAAGUGGACGCUUAACAGGGAAUAUUCAGGGUCAACAGGUGGGCUCAUACUUUGGUGCUGAACUUGCCUCCGUGGACUUAAAUGAAGAUGGAAAUACUGACCUACUUGUAAUUGGGGCUCCUCAUUACUACAGUGGACACCAAGGUGGGGUUGUCUACGUCUCUUCCAUCAACAACACGGGUGAGCUUGUUCACCUUCAAAUGUUGUAUGGAAUCCCAGGUAAUGGACUAGGCCGUUUUGGGGCAGCUCUGUCCACAUUAGGGGAUAUCAGUGGCGAUGGCCUUACAGAUGUGGCUGUAGGAGCCCCAAUGGAGGAUGAAAAUCGGGGGGCCAUUUACAUCUUCCUGGGUGAAACAGACCGACUGAAGGAAGUGCACAGCCAGCGGAUUUCAGCUACCUCUGUUUCUCCCGGGCUCCAGUUUUUUGGACAGUCCAUCCAGGGAAGGUUGGAUCUGAGCAGGGAUGAGCUGAACGACUUAGCCAUUGGAGCUCUUGGAAGUGCAGUGGUGCUUCGAUCCCGGCCUGUUUUCACUGUCCUCACUUCAUUGAGAUUCUCCCCUGAUUUGAUCCCUCUGGAUGAUCCAGAGUGUGGAAGCAGAAAGAUUUCAAAAAUUGAUUCUCGUGGGCAAGUCAGUCUUUGCUUCACCUUAACUCUUCUCAGCACGAAAUGGAGCUCUGGUUCUUUGCGAGCCAUAAUCAACUUCAGCCUCCAAGUCGAUGUUAAACAGACCUUGCCACGCCUGAUGCUAGAGAAUGAGACACCCAGUUUUUCAGAUGUUCUCCGCCUUGGAGCUAUGCCCAUCUGCAUCAACAAGACUCUGUGGUCUCAGGUCUGCCUGGAUGACUCCAUCUCUCCAGUUGUGCUGCGGACAAAGUUCUCAGUUCAGGAACAACCAGAUAACAGGAAUCUGCGACCCAUCCUUCACCCUGAGACAAAAACCUCCACUGACAUUGAGGUUCCCUUCCAGAAAGACUGCGGUCAGGAUGGAAUUUGUGUGCCUGAUCUCUCGGUAUCUUUUAACUUCUCAGGAUCUAAAGGACUGAAGUUGAGCCCAAAUUUCAUACUGAAUUUAACAGUGAAACUAGAAAAUCUGGGAGAAUUGGCAUAUGACCCGGCCAUUUCUUUUUACUACUCUUCUGUUAUGUCCUUCCAGGGAGCUUCAGUUCUUCAAUCGAACUGGCCGCUGUUCCCGGCCUGUCAGAUGCAUGGAUUACCAGGAAAUGCCUCCGUACGCCACAGCUCCUGCCGUUUCAGGCCACCCGCUCUCAAGGCAGGCACUCAGGCCUUCCUCCAGGUGUCCUUCCGCUCCUCCAGAGGUGAUGCCUGGCUGGACAAGUUCGUUUACUUCACCAUCCGUGCACACAGUUUGAAUGAGAGCAACGUGAAAGAGAAUAAUGAGGCUACCGGACGGCUGCCUGUUUUGCAUCCCGUCAACAUCAUAGUGAAAGAGUUUCAAUCCACUCCAUAUCUCAACUUCUCUACUCAGGAUCCAGAGAAGAAAAUACUUACACAUAGCUAUGAGGUGAGGAAUUUGGACUCAAAUGCCACUGCACUCAAUGUAACCUUUGAGCUUCCUUUGAAGACAAAACAGGGAUUCUUUUGGAAUAUAACACCGUCCUACAGUGAUGUGAAAAAUCACUUCUCCUGCACACAGUUGUUUACCCUCAGAACAGGAAUCAGCAAGAAGAAUGUCACAAAACGCAUCACGAGAGGCUGUCUGGGGGCUGUGGCUUGCCCCAAAGUUUACUGCUUUAUCAACAGUCUUGUUAAAGGAGAAUCAAUUAGAUUCAAUUUUUCUGGAGAUUUUUACAGAGAAGAUAAAUCUUCCAAACUGAAGUCGGAAAUAUUCCAUGUUGGCAGCGAGGCAUCCAUAAGGGUGGAUGAGACCAGAUUUUUCCUGAACGAACGAGAGGAUUUCAGCCAGAUCACCACAGAAAUUGAGUUAAUUUCGCCAUUCAAUCCUGUCCCCAUCAUCAUUGGCAGCACCAUCGGAGGCAUCGUGCUUUUAGCCAUUAUAGUGGCUGUCUUGUAUAAGUUUGGAUUCUUUAAACGCAAGCGCACACCCCAGAUGGAUGCAAACGCAGCAGGAGCAGCUGCUCCCAGUGACCAAGCUCCUUCAACUUCGGCUGCUUCCUAAGGGAGAAGGGGAUUCUGGGUCUGGAUGCAACUUGGAAGCCGGGAUUCCCACCUCGUCUGGGAACGGAAGAAUACAGCCAGUCAAAAAAGGGCCGAAAAACGGAGAGGCAGGACCUCCAGAUCUCUAGGGAAGGAAUGGGAGGGGUGGGGAGGGAUUGAGAGGCGAGUGGGCUAGAAACUAAGUAG